AUGGUGGGCCAGAAGAUUUGGGUCAAGCGCCCCGGGGCCUCAGCAACGCUUGUGCAGAUCCAAAAAGAAGAUUUGGUUGAUGAUGUGCGCGAUAUGAUCCUGAAAAAAUAUGCAAAUUCAUUGGGAAGGAACUUUGACUCUCCGGAUGUUACAUUAAAGAUAUCGGCGCGAGAAUCGAAACAAGAAAGGACUUUGGGGCCGGAUGAGUCUAUUAUACAGGUCUUGAAUGCAUACUACCCGACUGGUCAAAAAAUUGAUGAAGCACUCAUUAUUGAUGUACCUCAAAGAAGAACGCCCAGGCCCAGCCCUCUACCACACAAAUUUCAUAACGAAAGUCAACCUGCAGAGGCAGGGUCAGACUAUUUCCCUCCAAUGCCCAUUCCCUCUUCGCCACGCCCUUCUAUCACAGCUAUGGCGACAGCAACUUCACAAUCUCAGCUUUCUACUGCACCUACUAAUGCCAUGUCUGUAAUAACGACCGGCUAUGUUCCUGCAAUUCCUUCGCCCGGUAGUAUUACAACCCGGAGAUUUCCCCGGGAACGCCCACGUGUGAAUCGGCAACAAACAUCUUCUCCUACCACACUUGCAGGCACGCUUCAAGCUAGUAGUAGCAACAAUAUUACACCACACAUCACUGCGCAUACCCAAACUCGCUCGCGUGGUCACUCUAAUGCAUCGGAAAAAAUGCCUGCAGCCCCACCACCUGCCCCGCCACCCCUUCCAACCCCACCUGCCUCGCAAGUAGUUAUAGAUACGGUCCAGGGCCAAGUCGUUGCAACUCCUCCAACAACUAUGGUAGUACGUCCUAAUCGUCCAAAGAAAAGUCGAAAACCUGUCAGCGAGCACCCAAACUUGUGGCUUAAUGGUGGUGUGCCUCCGAUCAACGUCUUGAUUGUAGAAGACAAUUUUAUAAAUCUCAAACUACUGGAAGCUUUCAUGAAGCGUCUCAAGGUUCGCUGGCAAACAGCCAUAAAUGGAAAGAUCGCUGUCGAUAAGUGGAAGACUGGCGGGUUUCACUUGGUAUUGAUGGAUAUUCAAUUACCUGUUAUGAGUGGCUUAGAUGCUACUAGGGAAAUAAGAAGGCUAGAGAGACUAAACAGUAUUGGUGUCUUUAACAGUAGUGCUAGCUCGACUGCGCCACAGGACAUAGCUGGUGAGGCGGAGGGACAUGAUAAACUCCCCAGUGACGCUUUGUUUAAAUCCCCCGUCAUUAUAGUGGCACUUACUGCAUCUAGCUUGCAGUCAGAUAGGCACGAGGCUCUCGCUGCUGGCUGUAAUGAUUUCUUGACGAAGCCUGUCAAUUUUUUGUGGCUUGAACGAAAAGUUAUGGAGUGGGGUUGCAUGCAGGCCCUUAUAGACUUUGAUGGCUGGCGUAAAUGGAAAGAUUUCUCGCAAUUAAGUGAUGAAAUGGAAAGAAAUAAAACCAAAAAAUAG